AUGAAGUACGAUCUAUACAAUGCAGUCGGAGGAGAGGAAAAAGAGGAUGAGGGAAAGCAAGGUGGGGAAAUUGGAUUCGGCGCAAGGUGCCCGUUGACAGAGAAAAGUAAAGUUCGCCAAUCGGAGACGAGGAGGUUGACUGUCAGCUUGGAAUGGACUGAGAUCGAGGAAGCGCUGUCUGGAAUGUUGAAGUUCGCGCCUCACUCACCGGCCUGUCAUCUGGACAUGGAGGAGAAGGAUAGAAAGGAUAGAGUUUAUAGCCCUUCCUAA